AUGCUGCGAGUUAGCAUUAGGCGCGUAACGCCAGCAAAAGAAAAAGCAGCACCAGAAGAGAAGAUGAGGCAGCAGCAACGUUGCUGGCAGUCUUCGCUACCUGCCUUGGGCAAAUUAACUUCACUGCCGGCUCGCCAGAGCAGUCAGCAGUGCCGCUCCCUCUUUACUGCGGCCCGCCUGGGAGGGUGCCCGCCCAAAGCGCGUAGUGGCCCUACGGGCCUUCGUCUGGCCAUGCCGCCCCGCAGUUCCCUUGGCCGUGCACCACUCCGCUCCUUUGCAAAUGAGUCCAGGGAGGACAUCGCCGCGCGGCAGCAGGACCUGAAGAACUUUGUCGGCGGCGGCAACAAGGCCGCGGCCACGAAACCCGCCAGCGGUGAAGCGGGCCAAGUGAUGGAGGGCGGCCUGGCCGCGUGGUUCUGGAUCUUUCCCGCCAUCACCGUCUAUCGAUGGCAGGAGAAGAAGGAAAUGAUCCGGUACCGCAAGGAGCGCCUGCUCGAACCCACCGUCGACCUGCCGCCCCACCUCACGGAUGAGACCCUGAGGGAUUUCGAGUUUCGGCACGUGGAGGUGAGCGGCAAGUUCGACCCCGUGCGCGAGUUCGUGGUGCGGCCCCGCACGCGCGACGGCCAAAACGGCGGCCUCCUGCUCACCCCCUUCCGCCGCUCCGACGAUGGGACCAUCGUGCUGGUGAACCGUGGUUGGAUCCCUGCCGCCCUCAUGAACGACAUCGUCCAACGGCGCGCCAUGCUCGACCGUGUGUCCGGCGACACGCGGCUGUUUGGCCUCAUCCGACCGGGCGAGAAGCUUGCUUCCAUCCACACAACAACUUCAAGAGAAGCCGAAGGUCUGUUCGUCCAACCAGUUGUGGAGGCAGCACGCAAAGACCUCCUCGGCCGGGUCGUGGUGGAACCACGCGAUCGGCUUGUGUCCGUCCUGCAGCAGCCCCACAGCCGGUGCUGA